CCCCAAAACACACAAAUACGGGAGUCACAGCGAGUGGAUCCGCUGCUGGUGCCGAAUGAAUGGAAGCGCGGGGCGGGCCUGCGCACGCGGCCGCCCUGCCCACGAUGCCGUCGCCCCGCGGCCUGUAGGGCCUUCGCUGGCCCCUCGCCCUCCUCCCGCCCUGGGCUGAGGCUGCCGCCGGCUCCGCGCCCAACGCUGAGGCCGCGGCGGCGACGGGGAAAGUCGGAGGGAGGGUGGUUUCCUCCCGCCCCACACCCAGUCUCCGAGCCGGAUAUAUAGAGUGUCACGUUUGGGAGCCGAAAGACCAGAGCCGCUUCCUUGUGGCUGGAGGGCUUCCCGCAGCCUCGGGGAAGAAGCAGGAUUUGGAGGACCACUAGUUGAACCCCAUCCCCGUGCUGGACGAACAGGAAACUCUUUCAGGAGCUAUAAAAGAGAAAGGGAGGAAUCAUGUCCAUGAUCGCAGCUUUCUAUGGCGGCAAGUCCAUUCUCAUCACAGGGGCCACAGGCUUCAUGGGCAAAGUGCUGAUGGAGAAGCUGUUUCGCACCAGCCCGGACCUGAAAGUCAUUUACAUCCUUGUGAGGCCUAAGGCUGGCCAGACACUCCAGCAGAGGGUUUUCCAGAUCCUAAACAGUAAGCUAUUUGAAAAAGUCAAAGAAGUUUGUCCAAAUGUGCAUGAGAAGAUCAGAGCUAUUUAUGCAGAUCUCAAUCAGAAUGACUUUGGUAUCAGCAAAGAGGACAUGCAGGAGCUUCUCUCCUGUACGAACAUUAUCUUUCACUGUGCAGCCACUGUACGCUUUGAUGACACUCUCAGACAUGCUGUGCAACUUAAUGUCACUGCCACCCAGCAGCUAUUGCUUAUGGCUAGUCAGAUGCCCAAGCUGGAAGCCUUUAUACAUAUCUCUACCGCCUUUUCAAAUUGUAACCUGAAGCACAUCGAUGAAGUUAUCUAUCCGUGCCCUGUGGAGCCAAAAAAAAUCAUCGAUUCCCUUGAGUGGUUAGACGAUGCUAUUAUUGACGAGAUCACACCCAAGCUGAUUGGCGAUCGGCCCAAUACUUACACCUACACCAAGGCCUUGGGAGAAAUGGUGGUGCAGCAAGAGAGCGGGAACAUGAACAUCGCCAUCAUAAGGCCCUCUAUUGUGGGAGCAACUUGGCAGGAGCCUUUCCCAGGUUGGGUUGAUAAUCUGAAUGGACCUAGUGGACUCAUUAUUGCGGCUGGGAAAGGGUUUCUUCGGGCCAUAAAAGCUACUCCAAUGGCUGUGGCAGACUUAAUUCCGGUUGAUACAGUUGUCAAUCUCACGCUAGCUGUAGGAUGGUAUACUGCAGUUCACAGACCUAAGUCAACGUUAGUCUACCACUGUACAUCUGGUAACCUCAAUCCCUGCAAUUGGGGCAAAAUGGGUUUCCAAGUCUUGGCAACCUUUGAAAAAAUCCCACUUGAGAGAGCUUUCAGGAGGCCAUAUGCUGAUUUUACCACCAACAACUUCACAACCCAGUACAGGAAUGCAGUCAGCCACCGGGCCCCUGCCAUCAUCUAUGACUUCUAUCUGCGGCUCACUGGAAGGAAGCCCAGGAUGACAAAGGUCAUGAAUCGGCUUUUAAGAACUGUUUCCAUGAUGGAGUAUUUCAUCAACCGGAGUUGGGAAUGGAGCACAUACAAUACAGAAAUGCUGAUGUCUGAGCUGAGUCCUGAAGACCAGAGAGUAUUCAACUUUGAUGUGCGCCAGUUGAACUGGUUGGAAUACAUUGAAAAUUAUGUUUUGGGAGUUAAAAAAUACUUGUUGAAAGAGGAUAUGGCUGGGAUUCCAGAAGCAAAGCAACACUUAAAAAGGCUCCGAAAUAUUCACUACCUCUUUAAUACUGCCCUCUUCCUUAUCGCCUGGCGCCUUCUCAUUGCAAGAUCUCAGAUGGCUCGGAAUGUCUGGUUCUUCAUUGUAAGCUUCUGUUAUAAAUUCCUCUCCUACUUUAGGGCAUCCAGCACGCUCAAGGUUUAAGAACAUGUUGUCAUCGCUUUUAUCUGGAACCUCUCAGAUACCUCUAAAACAGCAAACUGUGAUUCUCAAGAUUAGAAAGUAGCAAGGAAUAUGCCCAAAUUGUCAGAUGUCACAUAUGCUGUCAUGUAUUUGUCCCUAUUCCUUAACUAUAUAUUUUUAUUUCAGUGAGAGAAGGAAAGUUGUAAACUAGCCCAUAAUCAUAUAUAUUUUAGGGAAAACAAACCCACAUUGUUUCCUAACAUUCUAUUUUAUGCCCUUGCGUAUUAAAAUGAAAGUACUCCCACUUUUCU